CCCUCUCAAGCUCUCUCUCUCUCUCUCUCUCUCUCUCUCUCUCCCCUCCAAGAGUUAUCGUAGGUGACAAAUAAGAGUUAGUCAAAAUGGUGAAGUUUACGGCCGACGAGCUUCGUAGGAUUAUGGAUUACAAACACAACAUCCGUAACAUGUCCGUUAUUGCCCAUGUCGACCAUGGUAAAUCCACCCUCACUGACUCCUUGGUUGCGGCUGCUGGUAUCAUUGCUCAAGAAGUUGCUGGUGAUGUCCGUAUGACUGAUACCCGUGCUGAUGAGGCUGAACGUGGUAUCACUAUCAAGUCCACGGGUAUCUCUCUCUACUACGAGAUGACUGAUGCUUCCUUGAAGAGCUUCACUGGUGCCAGAGAUGGUAACGAGUACCUUAUCAAUCUCAUCGACUCUCCUGGCCACGUUGACUUCUCCUCUGAGGUCACUGCUGCACUCCGUAUCACCGAUGGUGCCCUUGUGGUGGUCGACUGUAUCGAGGGUGUCUGUGUUCAGACUGAGACUGUGCUACGUCAGGCUCUUGGUGAGAGGAUUAGGCCCGUGCUGACUGUCAACAAGAUGGACAGGUGUUUCCUUGAGCUUCAGGUUGAUGGUGAGGAGGCUUACCAGACUUUCCAGAGGGUCAUUGAGAAUGCCAAUGUCAUCAUGGCUACGUAUGAGGAUCCUCUC